GUGAUGGGAGACUAAAAUAAAACUACUUCCGGUAAAUGGCGGCCCUCUUGUGCUGCAUGGGUGUACCAAUGUGAAGGGCAUCGAGCGCGUACACUGCUCUGCUUUUUGUCUACUCUAGAGUACAGUCUCUAAUACCAGCUCAUCAUGGUGCAUCUAACUCAGAUUCUGAACCGUUACCAUGGAGGACAUGUUGUAAUAAGAUUGGCCCUUGGUGGCUGUGCUAACCGGCCAUUUUAUCGAAUUGUUGCUGCACAUAACAAGCGGUCACGAGAUGGAAAAUACCUUGAACAACUUGGCACUUAUGAUCCAAUGCCCAAUAUCUACAAUGAAAAGCUGGUCAGCUUGAACAUAGAGAAAAUAAAAUAUUGGAUUGGUUGUGGAGCACAUACUACGAAACCAAUUGCAAAAUUAUUAGGUCUUGCUGGCUUUUUCCCUUUACAUCCAAUGACUAUUACAAAUGCUGAGAGGAUAAAGAAACAGAGAGAAAAAGAACACAACUCUAGAACUUCGGGUGAUCAGGAAACUGAAGAAAAAUCUGACGAACUUUGAAAAAAAAAAUCUGAAGCACUCAAUCAUAAGGUUGACAGACAAUUCAUUGUAUCUUUUUGAUUUGCUUUCAACAUCCAUCUUUGUAAAUAAAAGUUGAACAAAAA